AGUUGACAAUAUAAUUUAUUUGUUGGUUGUGCUUUCGAGGUGGAAGCCCGUCUUUUUGUCGCGUCGAAAACAUCAACGAGGCCGCGGCUGGAUUUGUGGGAGCUCCUUCCAAACCACAAACAACGAUAAUUAUUUCUGGAAGCCACUAGCUCGUGGAAUCACGAACGUUUGAGCGAGUCGAGUUUUUGAGAUGCUAGAUGCACUUUCCUAGUCUAGCUGCUCCUUGAGUAAAACAACCACAACCAUCUGGAGGCCUCAAAACAAACACGCGAACGACCAUGUCGCGAUUCCUUACGCCAUCAAAGAUAUGCAUACUUCUGUUGAUACAGCUAUAUCGCGAUGGGAAUGUACCUUCGAAAAGCACGAUACCGCUCUUAUCGUUCAUCUCCAAACACACAAUACACAGAUCACCACUCAAUACCUCGAAUCAGCAACCAUUGACCCCACCAUCGAUUGAGGAGUUUGAAGCGUUACUAAAAUCUCACGAAUCCGCUAUACCUGGAAGGUCUCUCUAUCAACUCUUCGUCGACCACUUAUGGGCUGUUCACGACUUUGUCACCUUUACUGCAUUCCUCCAAAAUCAGACUCUUGUAACGGCCCAACUUCAAGAACAUGUCGAGGGCGGCAAGGUCAAGCUUGUUUGCAGUCCAACCAGCCCGAUCGGGCAGUUCGCUCGAAGAUGCCAUCUCGAGUCAGUGCGACUACAGUUCAGUGAUGCCUAUCAGCUUUGGGAAGAUCUGGUCGUAUUUCGUGAACCGACUAGGACCACUUAUGUCGAGCGAAACCCGAAAUCACCCUAUGCCAGCUACUUCCCCAAUGCAGCCUCUGCCAAUUUACUGCAAGCGGAGCAGCCGGGAGUAUCGGCCAUUCUCCUCGAUCGCAUGAACAAGCAAGAAGGUCGACCAUCCGUACCGUCCAGUCUUGAUGAUGUGGAGAAAGUGAUGCACUUCCAGCUAGGGCAGCUGCAAAAGUUUGGCAGCAGAGUGUCAGACGAGAUGAAGGCUCAACUGAGAGCGAUGGUGGAACAAGGAGCGUCGAAACCUUCAGACAUGCAUUUCAUCAAUUUCUUCGAUGCUUGGAGGAGUGGUGCAUACAACAAGGCUAUUGAACUCCUCCACCGAUACUUCGACUACACCAUGGAGAGUCAAGGAACGGACCACAUCAAGACCUAUCACCAGUAUGCCUUGCUCCAUCUGGCCGUCCUCCAUGCAGAUUUCGGAUGCUAUGGUGAAGCUAUAUCGGCCAUGAACGAGUGUAUUGCUACUGCUCGCGAAAACCAAGACGCUCGUUGUCUGCACUUCAGUCUUUCUUGGCUUGCCCAUCUCCGAAAAGCAUAUCCCGAAUUCUCUCGUCUUGAAAACGGUGGCGAGGGCAGCGAGCUAGCGGGCAAUGAAAGCGAUAUCAUCACUUUCCUGCAACAGAAAGCAGUCGAGAACAAAGACUGGGCUACUCUCAGUAGUUCUUUGCUAAGCCAGGCUGAAGUUAUCGUUGAGAGUGGUGGCAGUGUUGCCAGGGCCUUGGAACAGAUAUACCAGUCAAGCUACCUCAACAGCUUACAUAAUGUCGCCAGCAUGAUACCAAGUCAGCUUCGACUUCACUCAGCAAUUUUCAACAGACUUGGUCAGAUGCCUCUUGCAGAACACUACUGUGAGGUCAUGUACCAUGUCUUUAGUAAAGAUGCCUCAAGGCCGGAUGUACUCAACGUGGUGCUGCAGAAUGCACACAUGCACACUAUUUUGGGUCAGUAUGAGGAGGCAUACGAGCUGCUCAGACAGAACGACCCUUCGAGAGAGAGGACAUUGCGUCUUGACAACACGUUCACUGCGUUUGCAGCAAUGAUCAGUCUCAGACGCGCCAUUCAUCGCAACGACUUCUUCGUCGCCGAAGAGUUCUUACGCCAGCUCAAGCCGAUACGGCAAACGGCAGAUGCUGGUGUCAUAUUCGAGACGCACGUACUCGAGAUUGAGCUCCUGAUGCGACAGGGAAAGUUGUCGAGUGCGUUCGACCACAUCGAGAAGCAGGUGGCUGAGGCGAAGGCUGCAGACUCUUCAGAUAUCGUUCGGCGAAUCAAAUUGCUCAUCCUCAAGGCGAGACUCUUCGCAAAGGCGGGUCUGCCGGCAAAGGGCUUCAGUAUCGCGAUGCGGGCAGCCUCUUCGGCGCAGAGAGCUAUGAUAAUGCCCGCAAUGUGGGAAGCCGUGGGCGCUUUAUCUGUCAUUCUCAUUGACCUCGGCGAGUUCGGUGCGGCCAAAAGCUUGGUGGAUGCCAUCAUGCCACAGGUUCUGGAAGGCGGCAACACCACGACGAUCGCACAGCUCUACUCGAUUCUGACAGACUCAUACGUUGGACUUGCAGGGGAGAUAUCCGAGACGAAUACAAAGGAGAGCUCAAGUCAUAUUGAUGCCGCCUUUACAUGCCUAAAUCGAGCACACGAAGCAUACGUCAAAGUGGAAGACCUGGAUGGCACUUUGGAGAGCCUGAUGAAGAAGGCAAUUCUGUACAAGCACAAAGAUGACGAAGACAUGGUCGAAGAGAUGGAGCGCCUUUACAACACUACCGUCCAGGAAGCCGAGAGAAGGCAUUCGGCAAAUCAGAGUAGAGACACUUGAGCAUGACGAAUAGUUGGUAGACGCAGAAGAUAGCUGACAAACGAAACGUUAAAUAAUAGGUAGAUGCAUGCCUCUGCUAUCUGUACAAUUGGCGCGAGGUGACUCCUGAUUUCUACGACUCUUCUGAGCGCAGGAGUGUUUGGCUAAAAGGACAAAAAUUGGAAGAGUCUCAGAGAUACACUUUGUUCAUUCCAAGAAUAGGCGAGCAUAAUUUACUCGUCCGACUUCUUGUGGUAGUUGACCUUGUCGUUCCAGAAGAUGGUCUGAUAGCAGCUGUAUUAGCUACGUCCUUCUCGCUUGUAUCAAUCCGUAGCGGGACGGGAUCAAAGCUUACCUUGUCACCGUCACCCCAGAAGUAGUUCUUGGUACGGAUGUUCUGGUAGGGGUACUCGGGCUGCUCGGACUUCGGG